CGCGCCGGAACUUUGCGUGACGGUGGCGCCCUGCCGCCUCACGGGGCGCACUGGCGUCUAAUGUCUCUGAAGUGUCUUCUAUGGAGUUUGGCCCGAUUCCUGUAUUUAGCUCCAAGGACCCAGGCGCUCUAAGCCCUUGGGUAGCGAGCUUAGCGCUCCAAGCAGCCCUGGAACGCUUUUUCCGUACAGCAGCAGGGCCGCUCCUGCUGACUCUUAGAAAAGGAGAUUUUUUUUUUUUUUUUUUUUUUUGCUUAUGCUCUGAAAGGAGUGUCUUUCAAGACCACUGUUUAGCUGGGUGCUGUUUCAGGAAGGAAGUCUGGGAAGGCGGCGUGCACUGUUCUGACGAGGGAGGCGGUGAGAAAGAGAAUGUCUGUGGUGCACCAGCUGUCAUCAGGAUGGUUACUGGAUCAUCUUUCUUUCAUUAACAAGAUAAGCUAUGAACUUCACCAGCAUCAUGAGCCUUGUUGCAGUAAAAAUGAGCCUACUUCUGUUCACCUUGACUCUCUUCACAAGGAUUCUGUAUUCUCUUUUGGAGCCUCUCCUGCAUUUAUUGCUUCUUCCAGUAAGCCAGAGAAUGAUGAUGGAGGAAAUCGUGAAAUGUCCAUGCAGAAAUAUGUUUUUCGAUCUGAACUGUUUGAUGUCACUAAACCUUAUAUAACUUCUGCUAUUCACAAAGAAUGCCAACAAAGUAAUGAAAAGGAAGAUCUAGCAAAUGAUGUUAAGAAAGAAGCCUCCAUUUCUAUUAAGAGAAAGAAGCGUAAGAGAUGUGUUGUUUUCAAUCAAGGUGAAUUGGAUGCUAUGGAGUACCAUACAAAGAUCAGAGGGCUGAUUUUAGAUGGAUCUUCACAGUUAAUCCAAGAAGGUCUCAAAAGUGGCUUUCUUCAUCCACUUUCUGAAAAAUGCGAUAAGUGUAGUAAGCCCGUUACUUUACCACUUGAUACCUGCAGUUUGUCAGAAUUAUGUGAAAUGGCAAAGCAUGUGCCUUCUCUGAAUGAAAUGGAACUUCAGACAUUACAAUUGAUGGAAGAUGAUAUAUCUGUUACAGAGCAAGAUUUAUUUUCACGGAUUGUUGAAAACAACUCUAGCUUUACAAAAAUGAUUACUUUAAUGGGACAGAAAUACCUGCUGCCACCAAAAAGCAGUUUUCUUUUGUCUGACAUUUCUUGUAUAUACCCACUUCUGAAUUGUAGAAAAACAUAUGAUGUAAUUGUGAUAGAUCCACCAUGGCAGAACAAAUCAGUUAAAAGAAGUAACAGAUACAGUUAUUUAUCACCACUGCAAAUAAAGCAAAUACCUAUCCCUAAACUGGCUGCUCCAAACUGUCUUGUUGUUACUUGGGUGACCAAUAGACAGAAGCAUCUACGUUUUGUGAAGGAAGAACUUUACCCUUCUUGGUCUGUGGAAAUAGUUGCUGAGUGGCACUGGGUAAAAAUCACCAAUUCAGGAGAGUUUGUGUUCCCAAUAGAUUCACCACACAAAAAGCCUUAUGAAGUUCUUGUACUGGGAAGAGUUCGAGAAAGAGCUGCUUUACUAUUAAGGAAUGCAGAGGUAAAAGAGCUCUCCAUUCCAGAUCACAAGUUGAUUGUCAGCGUUCCUUGUAUUCUUCACUCACAUAAGCCACCUCUUGCUGAGGUUCUAAAAGACUAUAUCAAGCCAGAGGGGGAAUAUUUGGAGUUGUUUGCUCGAAAUUUACAGCCAGGUUGGACUAGUUGGGGCAAUGAAGUUCUCAAAUUUCAACACAUGGAUUAUUUUGUUGCUCUGGAGUCUAGAAGCUGACUAUGGCUCUUAAAAUUGAGUUUUUUCUUCUGUUUUCCUCACCUUUUCUCCCUUCAUUAUAAUUGAUUUUUCCUUUUAUUACCAACCAGUAUGCUUAGAAAUGUAAACAGGACUUGGAUUUUUAGCAAAAUGACUAAACGUGACUAGCCUUCAUGUAAUUUUGAAAUGAAUUUUGCUGCAGUUGUGCUAGUAUUCCACAUUAUUCUGGACUCACUACAAAUAAAGAGGUAAGCUGUUAGAAAGACGGCAAGACUUUGUUGUUGAAAAAAUUCAGAAAGCAUGCACUGUGGACCAGAGAUGAUAAUUCUAACUGUGGAAGUAUGUUGUUUGGCCCAUGUAGUGGUGUAAAAAAUUUUUAAACCAUCAUUCUAAAAAAUCAGGAAAUUUCACAGAGAAGUCAAGAUUUCUGCCUUUCUUUAAACUUGAGAAACCUUAGCUCCACUGUGUCCUCUCUUCUUUCCUGGCAUCAGUCUGUGGGAUCCAGUGCUGACAGCUCACUUGGGAGGGGCCGUAUACUCUCCAGUUUAGUACAGUAAUGCUAGCCCCAUGCCACUUACUUAUAUUGUCUUCUCAGCUCCUGUAAAACCCAAACGUAGAACUUCUAGUAUACUGUUACAUUAUGGAAAAAGUAUUCAGAGACCUGCCAAAUACUGCAUCAUUGUACUAAUAAAUUCAUGAAACAUUUUUUGGAGCUGCCCCCCCACCCCCUGCACAUCAUGUGUAAGUUACCAGGCCAGGGAUUGAACUACUCAUGCCACAGCAGCAACCCAAGCCACUGCAGUGACAACCCUGGAUCCUUAACCUGUUGUGCCACAAGGGAGCUCCUGGAGGGUUUUAAAUUGCAUUUAUGGUCACUUUUCCAGUACUUCUUAGUUUUGCUUGUUUUUCUAGAAGAAAAGAAAUUCUUAUAAUGAUGUCAGAAAGUAAACAAUGUUUAUGGUUUUGAAAAAUUUUUAUAUCAUUUAUAGAUUUUCUACAAAUGAAUAUUUGUUUACUGAGUAAGAUAUUUUUACUGAAAUGAUUCUUUGAAAAGUAAGCUGAUUAUGUAUAACCUUUAAAAAUUUUUUUGAGAUAUGACUUUCACAUAAUAAAAUUCUCCACUUUUCAGUGUAGAUGUCAGUGAGUUCCGAAAACAUACAAUUGUCUGUCUACCACUGUAAUCAUAAUAUAGAACCUUUCCUUUACUCCCCCCUUCCCCCCCAAAAAAAAACCCUCACGUGUCCCUUUGUGGUCAAUCCCAUCCUUCCACCCUUGGCCCUUGGCAAAUAAUGAUUUGUUUUCUACCAUUAUUUUUGCUUUUUUAGAAUUUCAUGUAAAUGGGAUAAUAGAGUAUAUAAUCUGUCGUGUUUGGCUUCUUUCACUUAAUAUUUUGAGAAAAGUAUUUAUACUGUUUACAGAUUUUCUACACAUAUUUAUCUGCUAAGUAAAAUGUUAGAUUGAAAUGAUUAUCUGUCAAGGUUGCCAAUUUAUUUACUGAUUUUGCCAAAUAAAAAUGUUAUUUUUGAA